CCCUAAAAUCGUUUGUGUCUCUCCCCUCACUAGUGGCACAAUCACGUCACUCUAGUCACCAGAUCUUUUUUGGAACACCCUACGGUAGCUUAGUUUCUCGCCAUGUGAGCACUGCGAAACGAUCAGAGACUCCUGACGCCAUGGAUCGCGGCUCAGCUGCUGGCGAUCCGUUUAGGUUCGAAAUAAGCUAUGACGAUCUGUUCCCGCACAUAGUGUACCUGAACGACCUGAGACACGAUCCGGAAAAGGCCAAGGAUGGAUCAGUGGUGGCGGGGGAAUCGGGACUGGUUUCUAAGUGGAGGAUGAAGGACCGGAUGAAGACGAGCAGCGUGGCCAUCGUGCUCUGCCUGAACAUCGGAGUGGACCCGCCUGACGUCAUCAAGAUCUCGCCGUGCGCCAGAGUCGAGUGCUGGAUCGAUCCGUUUUCUAUGCAAGCGCAGAAGGCGCUGGACACCAUUGGGAAGAACCUGCAGGCGCAAUACGAGCGGUGGCAGCCCAAGGCGCGCUACAAGGUGCAGCUGGACCCCACAGUGGAGGAGGUGAAGAAGCUGUGCCUCACGUGCCGGCGCAACGCCAAGGCGGAGAGGGUGCUGUUCCACUACAACGGCCAUGGCGUGCCCAAGCCCACUAGCAAUGGGGAGAUUUGGGUCUUCAACAAGACCUACACGCAGUACAUCCCCCUGUCAGUCUACGAGCUUGACUCGUGGCUCGCCACUCCCUCCAUCUAUGUCUUUGACUGCUCUGCUGCCGGCAUGAUCAUCAACGCCUUUGUGGAGCGUCCUGACUGGGCUCUAGCGGCCCCUUCCAGUCCAGUAUCCUCCCCUACGGCAGCAGGCAGGGAAGCAGCCGCCGCCUCAGCAACAUCAGCAGCAGCGGGCAUGCGCGAUCGCAUUCUGCUGGCGGCGUGCGGCCCGGAGGAGAUUCUUCCGCAGCCGCCUGACCUGCCGGCUGACCUCUUCACAGCGUGCCUCACCACCCCCAUCAAGAUCGCGCUCAGAUGGUUCUGUGGGCGAUCGCUGCUGCGCGACACCCUGGACCCGGAGAUGAUAGAGAAGAUCCCCGGGCGGCAGAGCGAGCGCAAGACGGCGCUGGGCGAGCUGAACUGGAUCUUCACUGCCGUCACCGACACCAUCGCCUGGAACACCCUCCCCGCGCCGCUCUUCCAGCGCCUCUUCCGCCAGGACCUGCUCGUGGCGUCGCUGUUCCGGAACUUUCUGCUGGCGGAGAGGGUCAUGAGAGCCAGCGGGUGCACGCCCGUGUCGUAUCCUCGGCUUCCCCCCACGCACCAGCACCACCUCUGGCACGCAUGGGACAUGGCAGCGGAGAUGUGUCUAGCGCAGCUGCCGACGCUCCUCGCGGAUCCCAACGCCGAGUUCCAGCCCAGCAGCUUCUUCUCGCAGCAGCUGAUGGCGUUUGAGGUGUGGCUGGAGCAUGGGAGCGACAAGAAGAGACCCCCAGAGCAGCUGCCCAUUGUGCUGCAGGUGCUUCUCAGUCACUCCCACCGGCUGCGAGCUCUGGUGCUUCUUGGCCGAUUCCUUGACAUGGGCCCAUGGGCCGUCGACCUUGCGCUCUCAGUGGGCAUAUUCCCCUACGUGCUCAAGCUGCUGCAGACCAGCGCCGUAGAGCUGCGGCAAAUCCUCGUGUUUAUAUGGACCAAGAUCUUGGCGCUGGAUAAGUCAUGCCAGGUGGACCUGGUGCGAGACGGCGGCCACAUGUAUUUUAUCAAGUGCCUGGAGACGCACGAGCCCUACUCCUCCGACCCCAGGGAGCGUGCCACAGUGGCGUUUCAGCGAGCCAUGGCGGCCUUUGUGCUUGCACUCAUCUGUGACGGCCACCCCAAGGGCCACCAGGCGUGCUUGCAGGCCGGGCUCAUCCCUCUGUGUCUCAUGCACAUUCAGGCGGCGCCCCCAGCAGAGCCCCUGCUGCUGCAGUGGCUGUGCCUGUGCGUGGGCAAGCUGUGGGGCGGGGCGCCCGAGGCACAGGCAGCAGCGCUCACACAACACCACGCCCCGCAAAUCCUCUCGCCCCUGCUCUCAGAGCCGCAGCCAGAGGUGCGUGCAGCAGCCACAUAUGCCCUGGGCGCUUUAAUCCACAUUGCUUCGGAGUCGCCUCAGCCAGGGGAAGGGAACCCAGCAACAGGAGUAGGAGUAGGAGCGGGAGCAACAGGAGCGGGGACAGGUGCAGGAGGUGGUGCUGGGGCGGUUCUGGGGGAGGGUUCAUCUGGCACAGCAAGGGUAGCAGGCACAGCAGGAGCAGCUGCAGCAGCAGGGGCGGCAGCAGCAGGCACUGUAAGUAGAGCACCAGGCUCAGAGCAAGGGGCAGCAGCAGCAGGGGCACAGGGAGCAGCAGGUGCAGGUGUAAGCAGUGCAGGCUUAUGUGGGGUGGAUUCAGCUGGGGCGGAGUGGAGGGAGGAGCACAGAUUAGCAGCAGAGCGAGGGGUUUUGCAGGUGCUACUUAAAGUUCUGAAUGACGGGAGUCCGAUGGUUAGGAAAGAGCUGGCUAUAGCUCUCGCCAGAAUAGCUCACGGACAUCGCCGCCCGUUUCGCCUCGCUGCGGCAUCUUAUCUGUGCCGCCCGUCGCUCGUGGCCGGCAGCGCAGCAGGCAUGGGGUUCAGCAGGUGCGGUUCGGAACUGGACAGGCUCGGCACAGGCUCGGGACAAACAGGCUCGGAUGUGCAUGGAUUCACAGAAAAAAUGGCAGGUUUGGGAAUGGUUGGAGGUGGAGGGGAAGCAGGAGGGGGGGUUGCAGGAGGGGGAGCAGCAGCGAACGGAGGGGGGUCGGUAGGAGGAGUUCCUGGUGGUGCCAUACCGGCCUCUGGUUCGGGAGCCAACCUUCCCUCUCUUGCCGCCCAAGUCAACAUGGUAGGGCUUAGGCUCGGGACGGACGGGAGGCUGUAUCCCCGUCCAGGUCCGGCGGUGAACGCACCUCUCCCGGUCCUCCAGUCCACCACAGCAGGCUCGGCAGUGGUGGGGCGGAUGCUCGCACAAUCGUUCGAUGCCACAGGUUCGGGAGUAGGCUCGGGAGGUACGGCAGCAGGUUCGGGGAACACAGCAGCUUCGGGAGGGUCAGCUUCGUAUCUGAGAGUGUAUGAGGAGGAAGGGGAGAGGGAUGGCGGGGGGGAAGCAGCAGCAACAGCAGGGGCGGGAGGGGUGAAAGUGCAGGGUGUGGGAGGAAGUAAAGGAGGAGGGGAGUCAGCAUCUGGUGCAGGCUCAACUGCAGUAGCAGCAGCAGUUGGUGUGGCUAGUGGUGCUACAAUAGUGAUUCCGCCCUUGGUCAACGGAAUUGUUCCUAUAGCAGAAGGUGCUUCUGAGAGCGAGGCUGCACUAGGUGAAGACAGAAGUAGGGGUAGUGACGCUAAGCAGUCAGGUGAAAAUCCAGGUGGGAUGGGGCUUUCAGCAGUGAACCCUCCGUCAACCUCUGCUGCUACAGCAGCAGCUGCUGCAGUAGCAGCAGCAGCGGCUGUAGCAGCGGCAGCUGCUGUUGCCGCUACAGGCGAUGCAGUCACUGCACUGCCCCCCCCGUCUCGAGGUCCUCUUUUCUCCCUCUCGUCCCCAACCAGCCUGUCAGCUUCGGCACCGGACCUCUCCUUCCUCAGGGGCUCCGCCGAGCCUGUCAGCGCCUCGCCGGGAAGAGUGUUAGGGAUGCCUCCAGGCGAUGUGACUGUAAGGGGGGGAAGAGCAGGGUGGUUGGGGCAAGGAGCAGGCAGGGUAGGUCCGGGUAUGGGCCCUAACGGGGGGCUUAUAUGGGGGGAGCUAGAUGUUGCUGACAGUGCGACUUAUCUGCAGAGUAUGAUUGCGGUGUACACCCUUGCUAGGGAUCCUGCACCGUCCGUUUCUAAGAUCAGCCGACAGACACUGGCUCAAAUAGGCGCGUCCGUGGCAGCAGCAGCAACGAGUCUUAAUGCAGCAGCAGCAGCGGCAGCAGCAGGAGGAGGAGGAGGAGGAAUGGGGGGAGGUGGGGGAGGGGGAUUCGGAGGAGGGAUGGCUGGAGCUGGGAUGGGGUAUGACGCGUUUAUGAUGCCGAUGAUGGUUCCAGGCAUGGGUGUUGGGGGGGGCAUGGCAGGAGGGGGCCUAGCCCCUUCUGCUAGCUUCAGCAACUUGAGUCGAAGCAGCAGCAGGGAGGGCGGGACAGUGAUUAUCAGUGCUGGGGGUGCGGCUGGUGCUGGUGGAGGUGGUGGCGGUAUCGGCAAUCCGAGUCUGUCUCUUGCUGCUGCAGCAGCCGUGGGAGGGGCAGGGGGCAUGGGAGGGGUGGGAGGGAUGGGAGUGGGGAUGGUGGGGGGGCCAGGGCCUGUGGGUUUGCCAGGGUUGGGUGCGGUAGGAGGGGGUAUGGGGCACCAUGGGCUCAUGAGUCCUGCGAUGAGUCCACGUGUCCCCUCCCCAUUGGCUGCUGGCUUGGCUCCUGCGAUCACGCGGUCAACUUCAUGGGUUGCGCCCAUCAAUGCUCCUCAUCCAAUGGGCAGCUGGCGACAGCUGGCAGCGCCACAGCUAGCCAUGUCACCCUCUGCUGCCGCAGCCUCAGGGUUCCUCCAAGCCAGAGACCCGUUUGGCCUGGUGGCUCGGGACAGCCUCGGGCUGCCGAUGCUGGCGGCAGGCUCGGGAAUGCAGGCUCGGGACAAUGGGAUGCGGCGGGUGAUGACUUCUGUCGAUUUUUCCUCGUCCCAGCAGCAGCAUCAGCAGCAGCAGCAACGGCAGAUGGGGGGGAUGGGGAACGGGGAGAUUCUUGGGGGGGUGCACGUGCUGUCGUCUCUCACAGGGGGGCAUCCGCCCUUGAGACCAAAUCAUGCAGCUGCUGCAUCAGACUCCACCUCUCAGCCAUCCAAUCCACCUGCACAUACCGCCUCCCCCAGUCGCCCCCAAAACCCCACCUCUACCACCACCUCCUCCUCCUCUCGACCUUCUACUGCCGCCGCUGCCCGUGCCGCUGCCCCUGCCACUUCCCCUGGUGCUGCUUCUGCUGCUGGAGCUGCUGCUGCGGCUGCAGCUGCUGCUGGUGCCGCUGCUGGUGCGGCUCCUGCAAGCUAUGCUGCCUAUCCCAAUCCUGGGUCCAGUGCUCCUUAUUUCAAUGCUGGUGGUGCUACUAGUUCUGCUGCUGGCGCUGGUGGUUCUGUUGGUGCUGCCGGUGGUCUGGGGGCGUCCCUCCUGGACCCGUUUCUGCCGCUGGACGCAGCAGCGGCGGCGCAGGCGAAGCCUCUGCCCAAGUCGGGGCUGUACGCAUGGAGCUGCGGGCACUUCUCGCGCCCGCUGCUGGAGGCGGUGACGGAUGCCGAGGCGGAGACGAGGCGGGCAGCGAGAGAGCGGAGGGCGGUGGAGGGUGUGGAGGAGUGCAGGCGAGCCACAGUUAGCAAAGUGAGCGACCAGAUCGCCAGCUUUGACACGGAGUCGGACAUGAUGACGGAGGCCGUUCACCUGCACCCCUUCCUGCCUCUCGUGUGCAUAGCGGACGAAAACGAAGUCGUACGGAUCUGGAACUAUGAGGAGGGGCUGACGGUGAGCAUGUUUGACAACCAGACUGGUGGGGGUGGGAGCGCGGACGGCCACAAGGGGGUGAGCCAGCUGUGUCUGCUCAACGAGCUCGACGACACGCUGCUGCUCGUGGCGUCCAGUAAGAAGGGACGGCAGUGUGAGGGUGUGGAGGGACUUUGCUCGACGGGGCAAGCAACGGCUAGCCACGGCAUGGCAAGCAGUCCAAUCCCAAUCCCAGUUCUUCUCCUCCUCCUCCUCUCCCUCCUCCCUUUCCUCCUCCUCUGCCCGUCCCUCCUCCAACCCCCCUCUUCCGCCUCUCACUUCUCCUCAUCCCUCUCAUCCUCUAAUCUCCAGUCACAACAGCAACAGUUAACUGACUCUAACUCACAUACGCAUCGGCAUCAUCAGCACCACUCUACUAACCAGCGCUUAGACCAACAGCAGCAGCAGCAGCGGAGCCAACAGGGGCGGGCUUCCGAGCCUCUUGCUUCACCUAACAGCUUCGGCAGUAGCUUCGGCGGCGGGUUUGGCAGCAGCUUCGGCAGCAGCGGGAGCAGCAGCAGCAGCGGUGGGAUGGGAGGGAUGGGUUCUGGUGGUGGUGUGGGAGGGGGUGGGGGGGUGGGGGUGAGAGGGCGGACGGGAGCAGUGGUGGAGUGGCAGCAGUUGAUGGGUUACCUGUACGCAUCGGGAGAAAUCUCGUCCAUUCUGGUGUGGGACCUCGACAGGGAGCUGCUGGCUCACAGCGUGCCGACAGAGUGUGACUCCGCUGUUACUGCGCUGGCAUCAUCCGCCAUCCAGCCCAGCUAUGUGGCAGCAGGGUGCGACGAUGGCUCCGUGAGACUUUUUGACAUUCGCUCACAACCAAGAGCGCAGCUUGUGUGUGGCACCCACCAUCACUCGCAUCGAGUUGCGGGAAUCGCUUUCCAUCCUGCCAGCACUCACAUGCCUCACAUUAUCUCUGCUUCAAGCUCGGGUGAGAUCGCAUUUUUGGAUGCCCGGAAUCCAGGGCAGCCAAUCAGAAGAGUGGAGGCGCACAAGGGGCACCUCACAGCUCUCUCUGUUCAUCGUCACCUGCCCGUCAUGGCCACGGGCAGCUCAAAACAAUUGAUUAGAGUAUUCAACAUGUCUGGGGACCUCUUGAGCGUGGUGCGCUACCACAACAGCUUCCUUGGCCAGCGCAUCGGGCCUGUGAGCGCGCUGCACUUCCACCCCUACAAGCCGCUGCUGGCCGCCGGUGCCACUGACUCAAUUGUGUCCAUUUAUGCGGGGGAGACGCACCGGAGUUAGGGGAGGAAAAACGGGGGGGAAGGGGGGAGACGCACAAGAGUUAGGGUGGGGGCACUUGGGGUGGGUGCCAGCGCACCGCAUCGGGCCUGUGAGCGCGCUGCACUUCCACCCCUACAAGCCACUUGUUGCUGCCGGUGCCACGGACUCAAUGGUUUCCACGCGGGCGAAUCGCACAAGAGCCAGCCGCAGGGGCAUGACGGACUAAGAUGGAGAGUUGGGGGGAUGGGAGGGGGAACGGGGCAGGAGGGGUGGAGAGAGGGUGAGGGGGAGGGGAAGAGAGGGGGGGAGGGUUGGAGGAAGAUUAUUGGGCAAAGGAAUGCUGCCAGGAGGAGAAGCUGCUUGUGUGUCCACCUGUACAGGCUUCUGGUCCCUGUACAUUGUUGAUUGUUGCAAUUUAUGUUGAAUUGUAUAGCUGUUAAGAGCAGAAGCAAGCAAGCGUACGCGGAUGCGGGAUAUGGCGGAUUCGCAAGUGGGGAGAGUGAGGGCGAAUUCAUAUGAAGUAGGAUCAGAAUCAGAAAUGCGAAAUCCAUUUGUGAUCCCUUUGCCCGGUCUAAUACGCCAAGAUCA